AAAUUGAAAAUGAAACAAAACAGAAGUCAUGUGAUGCAUUUUGAUCCAUUAUAAUUCUGGAGCUGAUAUUUUAUUAGCGUCACGCAGCAGGUUAAUCAUCAGUCUGCAGCAGUAAAGCAGAGAAGCUUUACCUCCACUCCACCCAGAAACCCCAUCAGCACCUCCACCUGCAGGAGUCUGUCCAUCAUUUGCUGAGCGGCUGCCAUCGAAGAUCAUGGCGAACGCGACUCGUGGCGAAGGGCGGACGACCGUCUUUUACUCCGAUAAGGAAGCGAAGCAGGUGUACCGGAUCCCGUCGCUCUUCUAUGACGGAGACAGAGGCGUCCUGAUGGCUUUUGCUGAGAGACGCCAAACGACCAACGAUGCCAGCGCGGAGGAGCUGGUGAUGAAGACCGGACGCCUGCUCAGACAGGAGGCCCCUCCCCAGAUGAGCGUGGAGUGGUCGAAGGCCAUAACGGUGGUGGACAAGACGCGUCUGGGCGGGUACCGUCCCAUGAACCCCUGUCCCGUCUACGAAAGAAACAGCAGAACGCUCUUUCUGGUCUUCAUCUGCGUGGAGGGAACCACGUCUGAAACCUGGCAGAGAUUCUGGGGGAUCAACAAGGCCCGCCUCUGCUACAUGACCUCCAAAGAUGGCGGCCAGACCUGGAGUGACGUCACAGAUUUGACGAAGAAGCUGCCUGAGAUUGAGAAUUGGGCCACGUUUGCCGUGGGGCCGGGCCACGGCGUUCAGGCCGCCAGCGGCAGGUUGAUCAUUCCCACCUACGCUUACGGCUCCUGCGGCCCGUCGUGCUCCUGCAUAGCGUGUUUCUGCGCGGUUCCCCGAGCGCUGAGCCUCUACAGCGACGACCAGGGGGUCACCUGGAGGUUCGGUCAGACGCUGGAAACCAUCUCCAUCGAGUGUGAGAUGGCAGAGGUGUGCGACGACGGGGGAAACCGGUACGUCUACUGCAACGCUCGCAGUCAGGGCGGCUUCCGGGUGGAGGCCCUCAGCGACGACGGCGGAGACGAUUUCAUCACCCUCCCGCCGGCUCAGCAGCUGGUGGAGACGGCCGGGGGCUGUCAGGGGAGCGUGGUGUCCUUUCCCGCUCAGGUGGACGGGGCGGGCGGCGGUCAGGAUCCGCGCUGGCUGCUGUACUCUCACCCGAGCAGCAAAGACAGGCGCACCGAUCUGGGGAUCUACCUGAACAAGGCCCCCAAGGAUCCACACAGCUGGAGCCGCCCCUGGAUCAUCAACCAGGGCCCCAGCGGGUACUCGGACCUGGCCUACAUCGACGGGGGCUGGUUCGCGUGUCUGAUGGAGCGCGGGAUCGAAUCCGAAGUCGAGCAGAUAGCGUGCGACAUCUUCAGUUACCAUCAAGUCAGCAACAGUCUGGAAGAGUGAAUAUCUUGUUGAAGGUUCUCAGAAACCUCUGAUGAUUAAAGAUAAAGAAGCUCCUCCUUCUUCUCCUUUACCCAGCAUGCAUUUCCAAACUUCUUCAGGUUUUUUUCCAGAUUCAUGGUGUGGCUGUUUGGUUCUUCUCCCUUUGGUUCUCCUCCUCUCUUUGAAAAGUCCAUCCGCGUUCACACUGAAGUGAACCGUAUCGGAGUCCACUUGCAGGAGACCAGAGACCCUCCUUCUCUAGGAGACCAGAGUUCAGGUGAACUUUCACACCUGAAGCACCAAGAAGACCAUCAUGAGACCAGACACGCCGCGGUGAAUUCUGAUGAAGGAAUUUUAAUUAAAGAAAUGAUUUAGUGCAAAUUUAAAGAAGUGUAAAUGAACAAUAGGUUGAAUAAUGAAGUUACUGAUCAAUAUAAUUAAAGAAUAAAAUGAGA